GGAAUUCUGAAUUCUGAAAUGUCAAAUGCUCAGGUGGAAAGGACUAUAAUUGUCGAUAAAUUUAAAACCUAAAUUUUCAAUUUAUUUCAAAUCGGCUAAUUGAGAAAUAAAAAAAGCAUAAGUACUUGUAUUAAAUUACAAAUAAAACGUGAUAAGUAAACAAUAAUGUCUGAUAUUAUUACAAGUCUUCAUUUAGAUAGAGAAACUCAGACACAUAAAAUUAUAGUUGCUAAAGAGCUCAAUGGCUGUAGUAGUUCAUUUAUAACGAGCUGUGUCCUCGGACAUUGCAUAAAAAAUAGAAGACCAGUGUUUAUUAUAAGUAUGCACAAUUCAAAAGAUCAUUACCAGAAUGUAGGACUAAAGAUGAAUUAUAACCUAGUGAGAAACAUUGAGAGUGGCCUUAUCCAAUUUUAUAAUGCAGGUGAAGAACUUACAAAUGCAGUUUUGGCAAAUGAUCAAAUGUCUGCUAGCGAUUUUAUUACUAAAAUGCUGAAACAAAUAGAUUGUAUGCAUGAAGCGAAUAGUUCUGUUAACAUAAUAUUUGAUGGAGUGUGCCAUUUAUUUGAUAUAGGGUACAGUUUGAAAGAUGUAAAUUUCAUUUGUAAAGAAAUGAUUGACCAUGUCCGGGUAUAUGAUAACUCGUUUGUGUUGUUCCAUUGCAAUGCAGCUUGUGAGAGUGAUGAAACUCAUGUGUUAGCUAAUUUACUUGCUUACAAAUCUCAUGUGCUCGUGGAAGUUGAUCACUUGGCAUCAGGAUGGAGUGUCGAUGUGUCCGGACAUAUUACAUUCAAGUACCCAAGUCGCAAGUUUGAAAGUGAACACACAAACAAAUUGGAACAGAAACCAUCACAUCAUUUGUUCAAGCUUUUUGAUAGAGGAGUAAAGUUAUUAGCUCCAGGAGCUGUUUGAUAUUAGUUUUAAUUUUUAUGUUAUAUGUUGUUGUUUCCUUUUUGUUGAAUACCUAUUUAUUUAGCAGAAAAUAUAAUGUUAUAUGUGACAUGUGUAUAAUUUAUACAGCAUAACAUACAUCCUAUGUAUUCAGUUUCUUUUUUGUGAUGCAAUAAUUAUUAUUGUUCAUUAAUCGAUAUCUACAUGAGUUUUUAUUUAUACAUACAAAAACUUAGAAACACAAGAAAAUAGAUGACUUCCUAGAUUUUUUAAAUCCUACAUUAUGUGUAUAAAAACAUGCAACAUAUAUUAAAAUAUCAAAAUAUUUACUAUUAUUUAUUAAGCACAACUUACUACUUCUAGAUCUAGAAUUGAAUUGAACUAGGUACUAUCAAUAAACUGUAUUAAAAUGAAUUAGGUAACUUUUGUAUAAUUGUUAUUUUUUACUUAGAAAUAUAUUAGUUAUUAACUA